AUGGGUGUCAAAGGCCGAUCAGGACCGCCUCCAGGCGUCAUGGAUGACAUGAAGACCGGCAACAAACUGCGCCGGAAGAUGAACCACGUCAAGCGCAAGAGAGCCAAAGAUGCUGCGCGCCGAGAGGAGCGCUAUGCUUUCAAGAAAGAAGAAGCCAAGAACCCCAAAUUACGAGAAGAACGACUUAGCCGCAAUAUUCCUCUGACCCUCGAGCGCAAACGUACCUGGAACAACCCCGAUAACGACGCCGAAGAGACUGGGCUGGGAUUGAGCGUUGACGUUGAGCGCAUCAAGCGUGCCAAGAAAGAAGAGGAAGACGAGCUCAACCGACCGUUGGAAGAGGGCGAGGAUGACAGUGAUGCCCCAGAGUCAGAUAAUGAGUCCGUCGACAGUAUGCUCGAGUCAGACGUCAGUGAGGACGAAGAUGAAGACAAGGAGGAAAAGAAAGAUGACAGCCGCGGCCGGAAGAAAUCCUUGCCAACUGCGACAGAGCGUGCCACAAGUCCUACCCAGUCAACACGCAGCACAAACCUGAGCCUUGCUCCUGAAGCAUUAGCUGCCAAAUUCCCUACACUCUUCACCGAAGGGCCUCCACCCACCCCGAAAAUCCUUAUCACCACCGGCCUCAACUCUACCCUCCACAACGAAGCUGAGAUCCUUACCGACGUGUUCCCGAACAGCGUGUAUAUCCGACGUAAUGCACACAGAUACUCGCACAAAUUCUCAAUCCGUGAGAUUUCCAAGUUCGCCGCAAACCGCAACUUCACGACGGUCGUCGUGUUGAAUGAAGACCAGAAGAAGCCUUCUGGCCUGACAAUAGUGCACUUGCCAGUCGGCCCGACCUUCCACUUCACCAUCAGCAACUGGGUCGAAGGAAAGCGUCUUCCAGGCCACGGCCGAGCCACCGAACACUGGCCCGAGCUGAUCCUUAACAACUUCCGCACUCCGCUCGGUCUUUUGACUGCGCAUUUGUUCCGCACACUCUUCCCACCUCAGCCGGACUUUGAGGGCCGACAGGUCGUCACUCUGCACAAUCAGCGUGAUUACAUCUUCGUCCGUCGCCACCGCUACGUCUUCCGCGAGAAGCGCGAGACCGAGAAGGCUGUCGUCGGUGCUGACGGCAAAGAAAUGGUGGGUGCUGAGGGUAUCCGCACCGGUCUUCAGGAGUUGGGACCUCGCUUCACAUUGAAGCUGCGUCGUGUUGAUAAGGGUAUCCAGCGUGCCAGUGGACAGGAGUGGGAAUGGAAGGGUGGAUUGGAGAAGACGAGAACUCUAUUCCAGCUGUAA